AAUUGGCAAACAGCGGCAUAAUGUGGACGCGCCUUUAAACCCACUAAAAAAAAAACAACCACAAAUUUUAAUUUUGACUUAAACUACUUACUUUCUAGUUCGAGCGAUAAGUGGUUUACCGAAAUGAUAGAAUUGUUUAAUACUGGAAGUUAAUAGAAUGUUUUUGUAAUGAUUUUUUUUGGUGUGAUUUUGUUUUGUUCGUUACUGAAUAGUGACUCUGCAUAUCAACCAGAGCCAAAAAUUAAAGUACUGAGUUAUGAUACAAAUUACACAUUCACAAUAAAUAAAACAAUAGAGUAUAUUUUGGAAUUCACAGAUGAUAAAGUUUUUGGAUAUUCAGAUGCUCCACCAAGAAUAUGGAUUCAAAGUGGGGCUUCCGCAGCAGCCCCCUUAAUGAUUGUUGCUCGCCAAACAAAAGAGAUGUUGUCAUGGCAGUUACCUUUGGAAGUAGAGAGUGAAUCUGGUGAAACAUUAUUCAACUAUACUUCGAGAACAUUAUGCCAUGAUAUUAUUCAUCAUUACAAAGUUUUCGGGCAAUCAAAAAUCAAUCACGAAAAUCCCAUUGUUUCUGUGGCAACAGCUUCAGAUGAGACUGUCGAGUUCAUAAUAAAUGUACACUAUCAGGAAAAAUUUUAUAUUGAUCAUUCAGAGGAAUAUAACUUUACAGUUUCACCUAGUGAACCCAAAUAUUUCUUUUAUAAUUUUUCGACAAAUAUCUCCCAGUUGAUGAUUGCUGAAUCUAAUUACGAAACAGUAAUUUUAGAAGUAUCUUCAGAUGAUGACAUAUGUAUGACUGUCAGUAUUCAAAAUAUAAGUUGCCCUGUUUUUGAUACAAAUCAAGAUGUAACCUUCCGUGGAUUUUAUGAAACAGUUAAUAAAAAGGGAGGCAUAACAAUACCAAAAUACAAGUUUCCUUAUGGAUUUUACGUAGUGUUUGUGGUGAAACCAGAUGAUUACCAAUGUACAAGAACCAUUGGUCUUUUAGAUAUGAAUUCAACAAGGAAAAAACACAUUUCUUUUAUAAUCAAGCCAAGUAUUACUUAUGGAGAUUAUCUGAAAGCUGUGAUUAUUACGUUGUCUUGCAUAGGGGCUUUUUAUGUAAUUUUUGGACUAUCAUACUUUUUGUGUUCUGUCAGAGGAAAUCUUCCUAGACAGAUGUCUUAUGUUCCUAAUAAUUUACCCGAGACUCCAAGGGCAAGGGUUGUUAGAAUGAAGAGCACCAAUAGAGGCAAUACUGGCACAGAACUGACCACUGUAGGUACCAACGACAUAUUGGACAACACUUCCAUUGAUGUAUCGGACUAUGACACAUUGGAAGAAAUUGACUCAGAUGCAGAUAUGAGGCUGGGUCGGGGACACCCAUGUCUUCUAGAUUUGGCUAGAAAACACCCAAGAGUUCUAAAAAAGAAAUCAUAUCUUUAUUUGUAUAAUGUUAUGACAGUAGCACUUUUUUACGCUCUUCCUGUGGUGCAACUUGUGAUCACUUAUCAAAGGGUAUUGAAUGAAACUGGCCAACAAGACUUGUGCUAUUAUAACUUCCUAUGUGCUCAUCCACUUGGCCUGAUCAGUGACUUCAAUCAUUUGUUUUCCAAUAUCGGGUAUAUCUUGUUGGGAAUCUUGUUCUUGGUUAUAACUUAUAUAAAAGAGCUGACACACAACGAUGAAGAUUUCGAUAGGCAAUUUGGAAUACCUCAACACUAUGGUUUGUUUUAUGCAAUGGGUGUGGCCUUAGUUAUGGAGGGAAUAUUGAGUGGAAGUUAUCAUGUUUGUCCCAGCCAGCUGAACUUUCAAUUUGAUACAAGUUUUAUGUAUGUGAUGGCUGUGUUGUGCAUGGUAAAAUUAUACCAAAAUAGACAUCCUGAUAUAAAUGCCAAUGCUUAUGCAACAUUUGGAGUGCUGGCCAUAGCAGUAUUACUAGGUAUGAUCGGUAUUUUGGAAGCCACAACAGUUUUCUGGGCCUUCUUCGUUAUUCUAUAUCUUGUAAUGUGUGUUUAUUUAAGUAUAAAAAUUUAUUACAUGGGUUGUUGGAAAUUUAGGGAUAUUUCUUUACAAAGAUUGAAGCAAGUAUGGAUCCAUGAUUUUUGGUCUGGACCACUGAAUGUUCUUAAGCCCUGUCACAAAGCUCGUUUUGUACUUCUUCUCUUGGGAAAUAUUUGCAAUUGGGCACUUGCAGUAUUUGGAUUGUAUCAACAUCCUAAAAAUUUUGCAGUCUUCCUUCUAGCAAUAUUUAUGGCAAAUACUCUUCUCUACUUUUUCUUCUAUAUUGUAAUGAAGUAUAUAAAUGGAGAAAGAGUUCGGAUAAUGACAUGGAUCUUCCUAUUUUUUUCUUCAGUCUGUGCCGUUUCAGCUAUGUAUUUCUUCCUACACAAGUCAAUUUCAUGGUCGAAAACUGCUGCUGAAUCAAGACAAUUCAAUAUGGAAUGCAAACUACUUAUGUUUUAUGAUUUUCAUGACAUAUGGCAUUUUUUGAGUGCCAUCGGUAUGUUUUUCACUUUUAUGGUAUUGUUGACAAUGGACGAUGAUAUUUCACAUACACAUCAUUCACAGAUUCCAGUGUUUUAAUUGUGAGCGGUGUGUACACAAAUAUCGACAUAGUGACUCGCCUUCCGAAUUCUGAGCAACGCCUUGAUAAUCAAAUCAAUUGAAACUAUUGAAUUGUCUAUGUUUUUAUUUUUAAAAAUAUUGAUAAAUCACAUAAACGAAAAAGUUCCUAUCAAGAAUGAUGACAAUUACCUAUCAUUUACGUUUAUUAUCAAUUAAUUUUAAACCAUGCUAUCCUUAUAUUUCUAAGUAUUGAUGGAAGCAAUAAAAAGUAUAAAACAAUGACAAGAAGUUUUAAUUGACCAAAGUUAUGUUUGCUCAGAAAUUAAUGAUUUAUAAGGAUUAGAAUGUUCUUUUAUAUGAAAUAUCUGGCUGUUAUGUAAACACUACUUCCAAUUAAAUUUAAUGCAGCAAUUGCAUCAGAUUUAAUUGAUAGUGUAGUUAUUUUAUUAUUGUGAUACAUUUUAUACAAAUACAUGUAGGCUAAAAUUUAAUUACAUACUGGCUAUUGCUAUCUCAGUUAAAAGUAAGACAUAUGUUUUCUUCAACAAUGUAUAUCUUUUGAAGAACAAUUUGAUAAUUAUUGGACUUCAAUUGAAUGUUUUUGUCAAUCUGAUGAUUCAAGAUUCAAUAUACGUUUUCAGUUUUUUGACAGGUUUUUAAACAGGAAGGUCAACUAUUCACAUACUUUGUACAAGUUGGUUCUGAAUAUCUUAAAGGUUGACCAUUAUAUUCAAAGUUCCCAAAGUCGCCUGAUAAUAUUUUGAUGAUAAGUACUCUGUAAUAGAUGAUUAAGAGUUCGUGCAUACUAAGUAACUUGAAAGCGAAAUCCUUUUCCAGAUAUCAGGGAAUCUAUUCUUGGCUCGUCGCAAUGAGAAUGUGCGCUCUCUUUUCAAUAUUCCAGUCAGAUCAUUUUUCAUAUUAUUAAACGAUUGUUCUUAGAAUGUAACAACAGAAAUCGUUUUGAUGUGAAGGUUCCAGAAUAGAUUAUACUUAAGUAUCUGUUCUUCUCUUGUCACAUCAAAAACGUCAAUAACCUGGAUGAAAGUAAAUCCCCAAAAAUUCGCCUUUCAAACGAACAAGUAGGCAUACUUUUUCAACCAAAUCAAUUACACUAUUACUGUGCAGAUAUUAGCUUUGUCAAAAUGAUUUGAGCCUGGCGAAUCGGGAAAUUUGAAACUAUAAUGGUUGUUUAUACUGAAAAAGUAAAAUGUUUCUCUGAGAAUCUUAUUUUUAAAACUUGUUUUUAUAAUUUUUCUAUCGAUUAUAGUGUGUUUAAUUAUCUUUUCGCCAAGUAUAAUUUUAAUUUCUUAUUCGAAUAUUUAAUAUACUCUCAUUGAUU